GCUCCAUCCCACCUCUCAGCCACAGUUAAACCCUACACACCGUUGUGCUUCUCUGGCUCUGGGAGAUUGACCACCCAGUCACCACCAGAACCCUGUGGUCGCUUAUCUGGAUCAGGGCUCUUUUUGGUGAACACACCGCUGAGGCCUGGACAUCAGAGUCACUGCACGCCUACCUUUUCAAACUACACCCCAAUGCAUAUUAACAUCUCAUUAACUUAAACCAGCAUUAACUGUUUCUGCCUCUUGGGGGCAGUGGCAACUAGCUGUGAACAUAAUACUUACAUAUCAGCAUCUUAUAAAGUUGACAUGACAAACUGUGACUUAUUUCCAUAUCCAGCAGUUAUGGAGCAACAUUAUCAUUCAUUAAGAGUGAUGUUUGUGAUCACCUGAUGAAUAGAAGUCCAAUAUUCACUCCUUUUUUUAGCUCUUCUGGUCUCUACUAUCUCCCAAGAAAAAUAUUUUACUCUUUAGCUUAGAUGCACCACCAUGUUCACCAGCACGUCUCUAACUUUGUCUUACUACCAUUUGGUGCUGAGCAGUUACAGUGCAGUUGAUUUUUAGAGCUUUUUGCCAAAAAACAGCUGCUUGCUGCAGCCAAUAAUUAUGCAAUUAGAGCAGUGAGAGUGGACCAAAACAAUAAAGUUGCGGACCAGAAAUCCAAAACAAUGAGUUGAGAAACAUUAUAAUACUCUGCAGAGGUGAAGGGUGAGAGUCAGGUGAUCAUUCUCUCUGGGUUCAUCACCACCAGCAACACCUUUCACAUAUCAUGUGAUCCAUUGUUAAUAUAAUAAUAUUGAUUAAAGCUGCCACUCUUAGUUGUUUGUUUGGAAGGGAUGCACCUACUAAGGUUGAAUGUACUUAUUGUAAGUCUAUUUGGAGAAAAGCAUCUGCUAAAUUACUGUAAUGGAAUAGAAUCAUGUCUUUAAAUUUAAUAGUUUUGGUUAAAAAAAAAAGAUCUGGAUCUGGAUCUAUGAUUUCUAUCAAUACACAAUUACUGUCUAAGUCUCAUUUUCAAAUGUUGGCUUAAGAUCAAUCCAUGCAGUAAAUUUAAUGGAAAUCCAUUAAUACAUUUUUGGAAGUGUCUUGGUGACAGAGAGAAAUAGACAACCUGACUAAACUAAAAAGUAUGUUUUAAGGGAAAAUUCUCUUCCUGAAUUGAAAAGUCUGUAGUCUGAGAGUGACACUGACAAGAAAAGCACGAGUCCUCCUCAGCUGUUAACAAACCCACUGCACCAGUUUCUGUUCAUUGGUCAAUGUCAGAUCUGAGUGAAAGUGUACAGCCUGUUUUAUGAUUCAGUCAUAAACCAGUAUAUAUAAACCUGGAGGUGACUGGAUGUGGAUUCAGUGGGGAGCGACCGUAACGAUGAAGCUGUCAGUGUUGCUGCUGCCGGCCCUGCUGGCUCUGUCCUCAGCCAGUCUGCAGGACAUCAUGAAGAAGAGCUCAGAGCACAGAAAAGCUUCCUUACUGAACCCAGAGCUGGAGGGCCGGGUCCCUGACUCGACUGGUAACAACGUGGUGUCGGUUCCUUUGACUCCUGCUGAGCUGGAGCAGCAGGAGGAUCUGCCUUCCUCCCUCAUAUUCGGUGAUAACGUCAACCUGGAGUGGUUGACAUGGGGUGGCUCUCUGCCCAAUGGAGCCGUUGCAAUCUACAACGGCUACACUGAGCGCACCGACUACGUCUGCAAGUACAAGUGCGAAGCUGGCUUCUACAACCCAAGCCUGGGCCCAUACUGCCGCUACCCCUAUGGAGACCAAGAGUACUACGCUCCUGAGUUUGAGAUCCUGGCCAACAAAGACAACUUUGAGUUCCUGGAGUGGAAGGAAGGUUCCUACGGUUCAGUGCCCCAGUAUUCAGUUAGGACCUGCCCAGGUGUUGGCAUCUACGUUGGGAAGAACAAAUACGGUCUUGGGAAGGUUGUUCCUCAGUUUGAAGCCUUCUUCCUGCCGUGGGAAGGCGAUGAGUAUUGGUACAAGAAGUACCAGGUCCUGACCAUCAACAGAGACGCCUACACACAGCACAUCUCUGACGUCAAGUACGCCAUUGAUGAGGUCGCCAUCUUUCAGUAUCCUCCUGAGACCAUGCGCAUCUCAGGGGUCACCAACAACGAGUGCCAGACGGUGGUGAAGACAGUCACCAUCUCAAAGACAACAGAGGUAGAGACCACCUGGAACAUCGGCAGAGCCACCAUGCUGGGUAUCACAGGCAGCAUCACAGCCAAAAUCCCACUCAUCGGCUCUGGGGGCAUUGAGCUGAGUGGCGAGAAGACGCUGCAGUUCUCCAGGGGAACCACCAUGGUGGAGGCGCUCAGCCACUCUGUGUCUGUGGAGCUCAAAGUCCCACCAAACCACUCCUGCAGAGUCCGCAUGGAGGGACGCAAGAUCAAAGCCGACAUCCCCUACACGGCACGCCUCAGCCGCACCUACCGCAACGGCGAGACCCAGUGGACGUCCAUCUCAGGGAUGUACGACGGCGUCCAGAUCGGAGAAGUCCGGGCCGUGGUGGACCGCUGUGAACCUGUACCUGAUGCCGAGCCAUGCCCCUGAAAGACUGACAGACCGAAAAACCCACCAAAAUAUAUUUUUAAAACAUCUUCUGUUUGUGAUAUUGAAACAUCACGAUUAAAAUAAUGCCAUGAACGUGUGUCAGCUGGUGUCUGAAACAAAACUUGUAAUAAUAAAAACAUUUGGCAUUUUAA